AACCUCGCGGUGAAAAUGAAGUUGUUUGAUGCUCACUGUCACCUUCAAGAUAAGAGAGUCAUCGACAAAGCCCCUGAGCUCAUAUCUGCUGCUUUAGCUGUUGGUGUUACCAAUUUCGCAGUCAAUGGAACCUCUGAGAAAGACUGGGACUUGGUGAAAGAGAUGGGAGAGAUGUAUCCUUCUGUGAUUCCUUGCUUUGGAAUUCAUCCUUGGUUUAUUGCAGAUAGGAGCCCUCAUUGGCUUAACACAUUGAGGAUGCUCUUUGAGACAACUCCUACGGCUGCUGUUGGGGAGAUUGGUUUGGACAAAAGUCCGUUAGCAGCAGGCAUUGAUUACUCAGACCAACUUGCCGUGUUUCGCCCUCAGCUUGAACUUGCCAAAGAACUGAACAAACCAGUAGCUGUUCAUUGCAUCGAUGCAUUCGAUGAUCUGCUCGAGAUAAUGAGGUAUAUGUUUAUACAACGAUUGAAGGGAAAACCCAUUAUGUUUUUUGUUCCGUAUGUAGCAUCUAAGUUCCUCGAUAUAAAUAUAUGCAGAUCCGUAGGGCCUUUUCCUGCUGGUGUGAUUCUUCAUUCAUUCAAUGGUACAGCUGAAGUUGUUCCUAAACUUGCUGAGCUUGGUGCAUACUUCUCCUUAUCAGGCUGGUUCACUUACAUUGAUGAGAAAAUCGCAAAGAACACUUUGAAAUCGAUUCCUUCCGAUAGGUUCUUGUUAGAGACAGAUUCUCCUGACGGGUUACCAAAAUCAGAUGAGAGCUCGGAGCCAACUCUCAAUGAACCUGCAAACAUUGUUGCUGUACUAGAAUAUGUUUCAAACCUGUCAAACAUCAAGAAAGAAGACCUUGCGGAGUUAACGUAUGGGAACACUGUAAGAUUGUUUUCUUAUCCAGGUUCUAAAUUGCUUUAAGACCAAUAAAUGGUGUGUGUGUAUGUGUGUGUCUCUACAACAUCAAAGGGACAGAAAACUCAUCAUCUUCUGCUUCUGCUGUUGCUUAUUUGUUUGUUGUUAAUAAAACUAAGCCAUCUACCAAAACCAUCUUUCACUAAUUGUUGGUUCUGUAACUUGGUGGAGGUUCUUUGACCAAUAUGUACUUUAAUUUUCUCGUCUUGUGUAAAACAGUUAUGUUGUUAUUACUGUCGUAAUAAUAAAAGUGAUAUCUAAUAAGGUUUUAAUCUU